GCAAAUUCAACAAAAUCUGCAAAGUAGAUUAUGUGACCAGUAACCUUGCAGAAUGCUUCAAUUCAAAGUUCAAGUCAGUGAAAGGGCUCUUGUUGUGGCAAGCAUUUGACAAGAUGAGGCAAAUGAUCAUGAUAAAGAUGGCUCUUCGCAAAAGAAUUGCAGAAACACAAUAUGUUGGUCAUCAAAUGCUCCCAUCACUGAUUAAGGCAUUGCACUUGAAGGCAAGAGGACUGAAGAUGAAAUGUAUUCGAUCUGGUACAUAUGAGGGAGAGGUUACCUAUACUGACACUAAAAUUAGGGUAUGGAGGUAUCCUGUGAACCUAAGUACUAGAGAAUGUACUUGUAGGCAAUGGCAGAUCCGUGGGAAGCCAUGCAUACAUGCCCUACAUCUGAUGACCGUUAUCGGGGGUGCAGAUGGUGAAGUUGAUCAAUAUUGCUCUGAGUAUUUCUCUGUUGCCAAAUUUAUGUCUGCUUAUGCUGACAAUGUGCCUGCACUAUUGGGGAAAGAUCAAUGGAACAUAGUAGAUCCAGGGUUCAAACUCCACGCUCCUGUCAUUACUAGACCACCAGGAAGACCAAGGAACCAGAGAUCAGAGCAGGUGAGGAGGGUCGUCUACCAAAGAAGUGUGCUUGCAAAAAAUGUGGAGUUCUAGGGCAUAUUGCUAGGCUUUGUACCAAUGCAGUGGAUGCAUCAUUUGGAGAGGAGGAAAGAUGGACAGCAGCCAAUGCUGAGGAGAAUGCAGCAGCAAUGGAGACUGAAGAUGCAGUGGAGAACGCAGCAGCAAUUGAAGCAGUGGAGAAUGCAGCAGCAAAUGAAGCAUCUUGCUCUAGGGAGAAAAGGCCAAGAGAUGAAGAAGCAGAAGAUUUUGAAACCAUGGCCUUUGAUGGUUUUGAAGCUAUAAGAGAGGAAGAGGAGGGGGUAAUUUUUCCAACUGUGCCUUUAAAGAUUAUUGAACCCAUAGAUGACCGUCAAAUGGUCGUCAAGUGCUCGGCGAGUGGAACUACUCCAUCAACACCUCCACGGGGAAAACCCCAAGUAAAGCCCAAGAUCAAAAGGAACAAGAGUCUGAAAGAAAAGAGCAUCUCAACUAGGGAAACCAGGAGCAAGACGGUGAAGCCAGCUGCUAACACAAGGAGCAAGUCGAAAAUUUGAAUUAAGUUGUUGGGAAAUGUUUGUGUUGUCAAUUUGAGGGCGCGUCGAUCGCUUAAAACUUGGUAGAUUUGUAUUAAGAUGUUGGCAUCUUAAAACUUGGUAUAUUUGAGCUACUGUGAAAACUUAUCAGUGGUAAUAAGGGUCCCUUUUGUAAUAAUGUUGCUUCUACUUUGGUUUCUUAUUUGUGUCAGAAUUCAAAUUUCCAUCAAAAUUUGAAUUUAAAUCAAUAUUUUAAUUUGGGCCAAAAUUUGGAUUCGAGCCAAAGUUGAAGUUGAACAUUGGAGGUUCAUUGCUCUGUGCGGUGUAUUUGAUCGAGCAUUUGAAGUCCAAUAUUCGUAGGAGAACAGUCCGAAUGAGAAAUGUGCUAGAAACAAGCUCGAAAGCUAGGGUAAACAGCCCUAAUUGAAAUCAAGUUUUUUUUGACCUUGGCUAAAUGAGGCAUAUAUAUUUUUAUUAACACUUGUUCCAUAUAUAUAUAUAUGGUA